CGACUCCUGCUUCCCUGGGAGCCCACACAGCUGCUGGAGGAGCCAUGGGGCACUGGGCCUGGGUCCCUGGCCCCCUACCGGGGCUGUGCCCCUUCCUAUUGCUUCUGCUGCUGCUGUCCUGGGAAACCCAGUCCCAGACUGGCAAGUUCCAUAGCCACCCCUUCAGCACCUGGAACUACACAGAGCCCCCAGGACCGAAUGCCACAGCCACUCUGGGAGCCCUUCUGAUCUCCGUGACCUCGGUGACACCCAAGACGCCAGCAAGAAGCGCUCCGGAAGCAGAGGUGGAAGCACGCCAUGGUGGGGAGCACCCCAACCCAGUCGGGGCAUCUCCCACCAGUAGUGUUCCCGGGGGUCAAGUGCUCACGGAAGCUGGGCGGCCCUGCAGGUUCCCGUUUCGCUACGGUGGCCGCAUGCUGCACACCUGCACCCUGGAGGGUAGCGCCCACAGGAAGUGGUGUGCGACAACUCACAACUAUGACCGGGACAGGGCCUGGGGCUACUGUGUGGAGACCACCCUGCUUCCGCAGGGCCCAGCUGCUCUGGACCCUUGUGCAUCUGGGCCCUGCCUCAAUGGUGGCACCUGCUCUGGCACCCAGGACCCCGCCUCCUACCUCUGCACCUGUUCCCCAGCCUUCACUGGCAGGGACUGCGGCACUGAGAAGUGCUUCGAUGAAACCCGCCACGAGUACCUGGAGCCGGGCGAGCGCUGGGCCCGCGUGCACCAGGGCCGCGUGGAACAGUGCGACUGCGUGCGGGGGCACGUGCAGUGUGAAGGCACCCAUCACACAGCAUGCCCGAACAGCCCGUGCCUGAACGGGGGCACCUGCCACCUCAUCGCGGGCACCAGGACCAGCGUCUGUGCCUGCCCACCAGGCUAUGCUGGGCGGCUUUGCAAUAUUGGUGAGCCACACGUGGGGGCUGGCGGCUGGGGUGUGAGCACGGAGCGCUGCCUGGUCAUGGCUCACUCCCACCUGCCGCCCGCAGUGCCCUCCGAGCGCUGCUUUAUGGGCAAUGGCACAGAAUACCGUGGUGUGGCCAGCACAGCGGCCUCCGGUCUGGGCUGCCUGGCCUGGAACUCCGACCUGCUCUACCAGGAGCUGCAUGUAGACUCGGUGGACACUGCUGCCCUGCUCGGCCUAGGCCCCCACGCCUUCUGCCGGAACCCAGACAAGGAUGAGAGGCCCUGGUGCUACGUGGUGAAGGACCACGCACUCUCCUGGGAGUACUGCCGCCUGGCAGCUUGUGAAUCCCUGGCCAGAGUCCAUUUGCCAUCCCCUGAGGUCCUGGCCGUGCUGCCUGAGGUGGCCCCAGGCUCGCGCCCAACGUGCGGCAGGAGGCACAAGAAGAGGACCUUCCUGCGUCCGCGCAUCAUUGGCGGCUCAUCCUCACUGCCUGGCUCCCACCCUUGGCUGGCCGCCAUCUAUAUCGGGGACAGCUUCUGCACCGGGAGCCUCAUCCACACCUGCUGGGUGGUGUCUGCUGCCCACUGCUUCUCCAACAGCCCCCCCAGGGACAGCAUCUCAGUGGUGCUGGGCCAGCACAUCUUCAACCACAGCACAGAUGUGACACAGACACUCGCCAUUGAGAAAUACAUCCCCUACCCACUGUACUCCGUGUUCCGCCCCAGUGACCACGACCUGGUCCUGAUCCGGCUGAGGAAGAAGGGGGACCGCUGUGCUGUGCGCUCCCAGUUCGUGCAGCCCAUCUGCCUGCCCGAGCCUGGCAGCUCCUUCCCCGCGGGGCACAAGUGCCAGAUCUCAGGCUGGGGUCACAUGGACGAGCAGGUGAGCGGCUACGCCAGCUCCCUGCGGGAAGCUCUGGUCCCCAUCGUAGCGGACCACAAGUGUAGUAGCCCCGAGGUGUAUGGCGCGGACAUCAGCCCCAACAUGCUCUGCGCUGGCUACUUUGACUGCAAGUCUGACGCCUGCCAGGGGGACUCAGGUGGGCCCCUGGCCUGCGAGAAGAACGGAGUGGCCUACCUGUACGGCAUCAUUAGCUGGGGUGAUGGCUGCGGGCGUCUCAACAAGCCAGGUGUCUACACUCGUGUGGCCAACUAUGUGGGCUGGAUCAGUGAUCGCAUACGGCCAGCUAAGCGGCCCAUGCCCCCCUCAUAGGCCCUGGGCAGGGGCUGUCCUGCUUUCUCACCAUUGCUUGCCUAGAGGACAAUAAAGAUGGCUCCAAGACCCCGCC